UGUUUUUUCUUAUCAGUAUUGUAAAACGUGCUAAGAGCAAUGUUGAGAACCGACACAAGUUUUUUGGCGUCGCAACUUGUAUUUUAAUCUUUCAAGUUGAUAAAUAAUAAAAGAAAAGCCUCUAACUUUGAUCCUUAGAGAGCAUACUGCGGCGGGGGCCGAGUGCCGACGACGGCGAAGCCGCCAUUGCGAGCAAGUGCAGCGCCUUGGAGCGCAACUCUCUGACGCAAUUAUGCAAGUUGCAGCCGCAGAACUAACUGUACCCGCCUCGCCACCCGUGGCAGCACCCCAAGUGGUAGUGGAAGUGGAAGUGGCAGUGCCCCUCAGGAAGAUCCAAUCCCGUACAGCCCAUGAUCCUUGACCGCUCAGAGGAGGAGGAGCAACCACAACCAACAUGAACCAGAGACAUUCCGAACCAUUUUACAUAUCCCCCCGGCUAUUUGAUAACAAGCGGUUGAAGCGGCGCCGCUGCCGGUGGAUGGAACGCCUGAGGGAGCGCCAGAGGCAAGUGAUGGCCCAGAUGCGCUCCCAGGCGCUCGCCUCCAAGACUGAACGCGCCCGAGGGCGAGGUCGGGGGGUGAGGCGACGACCGGGUCGCCACAUAGCCGCUACCCUGCCCGCAGACGUCACCAUUGAUCUGCUAUCGGAUGAGGAUGAAGAGCCAACUGGACCAGCACGAAUCCCCAUCCCUGUUGCAGUCCCAGCCCCAGUGCCCCUACCCGUUACUGUUUCUGUUCCUGCCACCAACAAUCGUCCGCUUAUCCUGCAGCCCAAUAUGUUGUUAAUACCCGCCAGUAACCUCAGGCCACACUUGGCGACCGAGAGCAUCCUCAUAACUAGCGAUGACGAGGAGAUAACCAUCGCCAAAAGACAGCCGCCCAUGAAAAGGAGCUCACCGCCGCCCCUGGCGCCACUCAGCCUGUCGGACACCGUGGAGGAGGUGACCGUGUCGCUGGUGCCGCGCAGCUCCACCACUGCCAACUGCCAGGCGCGGCAGCGGCACUCUCACCCGCCCACCAGUCUACUGAAAACGUGUCGAAGAGCCCCCGCCACAGCCACAACCAACGGACUGGCAGCUUGUGCCUCCUCGAACAGUGGCAGCGACGGCUACCUGGAGGUGGACAUCAACAGCGGCGGCCUGCCCGACGAGACCACCGUCCACACGGUCAUUGCCAAUCGCAUCUACGAGCUGUCGCUGAGCAAGCUUCGCGAGGGCCUGGCCUCCAGUGGAGUGCCGGAGUACUCGCACGACCUGAUGCCGGAGCAUCUGCAGAAGCUGUCGCCCGCAUUGCGCGCCAAGGUGGCUCCCCUAGUGACGCCCUCGCCACCGGCGCCCAUCUCCCUCAAACUGUCCAGUGACCUCAGCAUAUCCCUGAUCUCAGACGACGAUGACUGCGAGAGUGGCGGCGGACACGGGCACGGUCACGGGCAUGGUCAUAACCAUGGUACGGUCCACCAUGGUAGCAGCAAUAGUUGCUUGAAAGGCGGAGCACUGGGUCUUGGUCUGGGCCUGCCGGUGGCGGCAGCAGAGGCCCAUGCUGCUGCCAAGCUCCUGAAGCAGCAGCAACCGCAGCUGUCGGUGGUGCAGCAUUUGCAGUAUACGGGUGGUGGACUGACGGCACCGGUGGCGUUAGCUCUGCCGGUAAUGGCCCACACAUCGGGUGCAUCCCGAGCAGCUGGACUGCCGUUGCAGUUGCCACGACGUCGGAAACUGGGCUAGAGAGGAAUCUGGAGCCAGGAGCCUGGAGCUUGGAGCCCCAACGCCAUAAAUCAUUCCCCCAGAGAGAGAGAGCCGAUCUCCCGGCUAGUAGUGGUUUUUUUUUCUAGCCUCGGCUAGGUUCUAGUGCAAAUAUGGUCUUAGAUGUAGUCAUACCCCCCUCCCCAGUUUAUCCAUCACACUGUCCUCCCAACAGCUCCCAUCUCUUUCAUAAUCCCCCCUCCUAUCGUAUUCCCAUCCCUGUCUUUCUCAUAAUUUUAAGCUUUAAAAAGAAACGAGACAAAAAACGUACAAAGAAAGAGAAAAAAUAUAUAUAUAUAAAUCCCAGAUAUUUGAGAGUCUAAAAGUAAAAAAAAUUUGUAAAAUUUAUAGGAGAGAUUUUAGGAAAUUGGUAAAUUGUGGAAGAGUAAGGCCCAAUAUUUAUACAAAAUACACACACACACACGCAUCAGUUAGCUAUAGGUUUUACUUUACAGUGUACAUUCGAUUAAGUGGAUCAGUCUGUAUUACUUUUAAAUGAUCAAGAAUCGACCUACAAAUCGGAAUAAACUUUUCUUGUAUAUACCUGUUUAUAGGUUAACAUUUUA